AACGUCUAGUUCCCCAACCCACCCCUAACGUGUCGUUCCUCUUUCAAAUGGGUUUCUUCAUAACUGAACCCCAAAAAACACAUCUUCUCUUUUCAAAAACAUAACUGAAAGGGGUUUCUUUUAUCUUCUAUUUUAAAUUGAAAUUGAUAGUUCUCUUCACAUAAUAAUGCCUAAGCGGAAGUCACCAAUAAAAAGUAAGUUGAAGUUAGCAAGUAAAGGGGUGAAAUACGACACUAAAUUUGUUGUUGUGGAUAAUGAUUUUACUAAAACUCCCAUUCUUAGAAAAACAAGGGCAAAGAGUGUCGAUGAUAUACCCUCUAUUAAAGUUAUGACUAGGUUACAAAGUAAAAUGGGAGUGAUUCUGGCAAAAAACAAUUGAAACUUCAAAAAGGCAAUGCUUCUAAAAGGAAGCGAGCAAUGGGUGGGGAAGCGAGCAGGGACCAAGAUGAUGUUGGUCCUUCAAAGAAAAGAAAGAAACCUAUUCAUCGGGAUGAGGAUGAUAAAGAUGAUGUUGGGUCAUCAAAAAAGGUUCUUGUGAAGAAGAAAAACUGUCGUAGCAAGCCUGAUUUGAAGCUUUGGGAUUUCUAUGUUCGUCCCCGUGAUCGUUUCUCAACUCGAGUUAGUGUGCACACAAAUUGUCUCAUUGUGGAUAAGUUGAAAUCCAAAUUGGAUGCUUCGAUAAUUCAGAUGUUUAAAGAUACAUAUUUUGGUUAUUUUUUAGAUUUGCCACCAGCUUUCAUCCAAAACCAACUUAUACAUGCAUUAUUGCUUAGGGAAGUUGUGUCAGAUAGAGAUGAUGAGAUAUGGAUUAGAGUGAGUAAGACUAGGUUACGCUUUGGACUUGGAGAGUUUGCUCUAAUUACCGGCUUAAAGUGCACUGGCAGUGAUAAUAAGAAUUAUCCUCUUGACCGGCCAAGUCGGUUGAUGGCGGCGUAUUUUCCUGGUAUGUUGAAGGUUACAAAGGGUGAACUGGUUGAAUAUUUUGACAAACAAAAAUGACAAUCUGAUGAGAAUGCAUUAAUGCUUGCUACUUUGUACUUCAUUCAUACUUUUAUUUUCUCUAUUACAAAUAUUGAUGUCAUAACAAAGGAUGAUUUCUUGUUGGUCGAGACUGGUGAUUACAAAUCAUACCCUUGGGGGAAAGUAUGUUUUUCGACUAUGUUGGAGUCGAUGAAGAACAAGGUUUGGAAGAUGAGUAGCAUGUAUCGGUGUGGCGGUUUGCCUUUGGCUUUUCAAUGUUGGUUUUAUGAAUGUUGUGGAUAUGCCGAUAAAAAUCUUGCUAACCGGAUAUGAGAUAGAGUGCCACGCAUUCUAAAUUGGUCUGUAAGUGAUAAUCAAAAGGUGACCUACAAAAGUUUGAAGAAAUCAUUUUUAAAUCUUAGCCGAGAUGAGGUGGUUUUGAGUAAUAUUGUGCCAUCUGAUGUUGAAAAAUCAUCGUUCGAGUUGCCUGCUUUUGAACCUGUUUGUAAAGAAGAUGAAAUUUGUGUGGAUGCGAGUUCUCAACAGAGUAUUCCGUCUACUAAACUUCCCAAAAAGCAUAAAGCAACCAUGAAAAGUGAUGAUUUGACACUACUGAGAAGGGAUUUCAACGUGCUAUCUGGUGAGGUUGCCAUAUGAAGGAAUUAAUGGGUUCCUCCUUCCAAAAGAUUUUUAAAGCGUUAAAAAUAAAGGAUGAUGUGUGGGAACAACGUGAUAAAAGAGAGGAGGACCACCAUGAUAGUGACUGGGUCGGUGAUGAUGGGGUUGAAAAAAAUGAUGACAUACUAGGGGGCAUUCUAUAGGUGAUGAUCAUAUGGCGAACGAGGAGAACAGUGGUGGGGAGGAGAGAAAAAAUAACAAUGAGGGUGAUUUGUCUGAUGCCUGCGCUAACAGUGAGAGUAACGAGGAGAACAAUGGUAGGGAGGAGAGAAAAAAUAACAAUGAGGGUGAUUUGUCUGAUGCCUGCGCUAACAGUGAGAGUAAGGAUGAGGGUAAUGAUGUGUUAGAGGAUCAGGUAGGUGAGAGCAACAAGGAGGGUGACGAUGUGUUGGAGGAUCAUGUAGUUGAGAGUAAGAAGGAGGGUGAUCAUGUGUUGGAUGAGGAUAAAAGCAGCGGGGAAGAUGCAUUCUGGACCGCUAUCCUUGAUAGUGAAUUCUCGAAAUUCACUCAGCCUGGUAGUGAUAAAAAUGAUACGAUACGGAGGGGGUUGAUAAUAUGGUAAAGGAUUUUGUGGAUGAUAAAAAUGAUAAGACUACGGAAGGUGGUGAUUGGGGUUUCUCUAAAAUCACCAAAGGUUUUACUGACAAUUUGACUGCUUCAGAAUGUAAAAACAGUGGGGAUGAGUUAGCUGAUAACAUUGAGGAGUUCGAUUGGGCUGCUAUACCUGAUUCCGAAUUCUCAAAACUUACCCAACCUGGAAGGGGUAAAAAUGUAAUCAAGGGAGCGGAUAAAAAUGUUGUUGUUACAAAGUUAGAGAAAAAUGUGGUGGAGGAUUCUCUAGAAUGGGACAAAGGUGUUGUUGUUUUGGACGACACACCUGUAGUGGCUCGUAGACCUCGGAAACCAGCUAAGGCAUGUGAAUCACCAUAUGUGACAAAUUUUGAAUCUAGUGGUAGUAGCGUGCAAGGUCCUGUUGCGCCUUUAACUAAGCGCAUUUUCUCUACAAAGCACCCUUUCGAAACAAGUGUGAACUUGCUAUUGAUUUCAAUCAAUUUUGUUAAUCGGUCAAUACGAGUGAAGGAAAAGCUUGUUUAUUCAGAAAAAGUUAAUAAGCUGAAAAAGAUUUUUGACUUUGGAGUUGCAUCUAUUGGAGAAAGAGAAUGGUUCUUCAUACUUGCAUAUCUCGGGCAACCACUAAAUAUUGAUGUGCUUUUUUAUUAUUUGAGGAAGAAAGGUAAAUAUAGAAGUGUUGAUGCUUCAUUGAAAUUCACAACAACUGAUUGUUGGUUUAACUGCUUGAUACAAACUAUGUACAAGCAAUUUUUGGCGAAAAAUAAAGAUGUCAACCUUAUUACUCAAGAAGAUCCAAUUGCUGAAUAUAUGCUGGGGUAUUUCAUGAGGUGCAAUGUGCCAUGGUAUACUGUUGAUGAUAUCUUUUUCCUUGUAAAUGUUGCUGAGAAUUGGCAUUGGAUUUUAGUGAGAUUAUCUUUUAAAGAUCAUUGCUUUUAUAUAUAUGAUUCGAUGGGUGGUGCAUGACAAAAUCUUACAGUCAAGAAAGCAGUUGAACCAUACUUUACUUUGAUCCCACAUUUCCUUUCUCGUAUUGACUUUUGGGCCAGUAGGAGUGAUGGAAUACCAGCAACUGAUUUUCAGAUCCGGAUAGUUGAUGGAUUGCCAACCCAAGCUAACACGGACUGUGGUAUAUUUGUUGUUGUUUUUGCUGAGUACCUUAUUCAAGGCAUUGAAAUCCCCAAAGAUAUAGAUGAUAUUGAUGCUUUCCGGAGCCGAUAUGGGGUACUGCUAUGGGAUUAUGGAAAAAAGAAACAAAGUAGAAACGC